AAACAAUCGUUUCCCAUUUCCAUUGGGCAGCCCAUUUCUUCUCGAAACUCCAAUCUUCUUGUUGUAAAUAAAAAAUAGUCGUAAUUCUUUGCCAAUUGCCAUUGUUUUUCUCCUUCAUUCAUUCAAUAAUCGAGUCACUGCUGUACUUUUUUAUCUAUGGUAAGAUGGGCAGCACGUGCUAUUCUGCUUAUUCCAUCCAAUCACUUAACCCCACGUGUCCCUCUUCCCUUAUCUUCACUCUCAAUAAACCACAGUUGCAACAGAUUCACAAUAUCAAAGAAACAACAAGAAGAAGUGUUAGAACUUGUAAUAGUAAUACUAGAACCAGAAGAAGAAUGACAGGUGUUGCUGCAAUGAAUGAUGUGUCAACACCAGAAAUUGAUGUACAGAAUCAACAAGAGUUGAAAAAAGGAAUAGCAGAAUUAUAUGAUGAGUCAUCAGGGAUUUGGGAAGAUAUUUGGGGUGACCAUAUGCAUCAUGGAUUUUAUGAACCUCAAUCAUCUGUUGCACUUUCUGAUCAUCGUGCUGCUCAGAUCCGUAUGAUUGAACGGGCUCUACGUUUUGCUUCUGUUUCUGAUGAUCUGGCAAAGAAACCAAGGUCCAUAGUUGAUGUUGGAUGUGGGAUAGGAGGCAGUUCUAGGUACCUUGCAAAGAAAUAUGGCGCUACAGCUCAAGGCAUCACGUUGAGUCCUGUACAAGCCGAGAGGGCUCAAGCUCUUGCUGCUGCUCAAGGAUUAGGCGAUAAGAUCCAGGUACUUCCACUCGGACUUAUCACACUUGAGAUGAGGCACUUGUAGAGACUCCGAGAUAUAUUUUCCGCGUCCGCAGACUGAAGAGUCCCUUUCUAUUCUACUUUUAAGUAUUAGCCAUUCUGUAUUUCUUUUCUUUGUUAGAUAUUCUGGAGUUAGACACUUGUAGAUAUUCAAAAGCUUGUGUUUCAUGAGAUUCCGGGUUUUGGGUAAUGUUGUUAGCUUCGAGAUUAGUUAUUGUAUAUGCCGAGCAGCAUCUUAAACGCUAUUUUAUUUUACUAUUUCGGUUUUUAAUAA